CUAGAAUUUAUUAUGAUCGCCACCUUCUACAGUCUGGAAGAAUGAGUUCACAAUGUAUUAACUUUUGUGUAUGGGUUCACAGUUCCCAAUUGCCAUCUAUGAUUGAGAGUUCCAGUUUAGGUGGAGAUAGAAAUAUUCUUUCUGUUGAGGUAUAUUCUCUUUUUAGAGUAGCACGUCAAUUUGGGUUUGAUCAACCAGCUUUGCCUGACUCUUCUUCAACUAUCAGUUUUUCUUCAUGCGUUUCUUCAUUCCUCAUGGCAGGACUUCAACUUCGUUUAGAUAAACUUAAGAGUUAUACUGUCACAGCUUUUGAUAGAGUUGGUACUCACACUUCUGGAUGGUUUGCUUAUUGGAUGAAUUGUGUUGAAGAAUGAAGAUAUUUUAUUAUGCCUUUGACUAAUUCCAGAGCUUGUCUCUACACUCCUCCUAUAAGUAACUUUGAUGUAUCCUUACGUUUGAUUUCUCUCAAAAAGAAAAGAAAUGUAAAUGAAGAAGAAAAUGAUGCUCCUCGCACUCUUACUCAUCAAACAAAACAUGUGCAUCGAAAAAGAGAAACAACUACGAGAGUAGAACUUAACUCGAUUGAAGAGGAAGAGACUUUUGAAGCUGAGACUGAGGAAGAAUCAUGUGACUCUGAACGUAGUGAUGAAUCUGAUGAUGAAUUAGUUGAUGUUGAUAAAGCUGAAGUUGAGGGUGAGCCAACCCCUUUUGAUGAUUUCAUUGAUUUUGAUGUUUUAUUUCCAAAUCAUGUUUAGAGCUCUACCAUGAACUAGG